ACAACAAUUUACAAUGCAUGUGCCACCAACACAAAUCCAAAAUGGGAUUUCGGAAGGAAAAUGCUUCGGAGUGAUGCGAUGGUGAGCAACAUGCAGAUUCAGUAAACACAGUGAGUGUCUGUAGAGACCAAUUCCAUGGCUGGGUAUGCGAAGCUGAAACCUCUCAUUUUUCUGCAGGAAAGAAGAACUGAAGGGGAUUCAAUAUUCAUUUGCAAAGUAGACAAUCCUCGAAGUGGAUGUCGCAGUGUGUGCGAAGAAGGAGAAGACACUGCAGUCUGAUUAAUGUGAUGGAAGUGGCCAGAAAGUAAUGAAUCGGAGGAUGUAGCCGAAGUGGGAUUCAGACGAGUGAAGAUGUGGGUGGAUUUGUGUGUCUGAAUGGGCACGACGGUAGAAUCUCUUGGGUUUUUUUUCCAAAUCGCCGAGUUCACGGUGUUGGUAUUCUACACGCGCGCGAGAUGAGGCAGAAGUGGGAUGGUUUGCUGCGUUUUUGUGGACUCUGAAUCGAUGGGGGGGGGGGGCACGAACCGGCGGAAUGGGAGAUGCCAUGACGGGCAGUGAAGCAUUAUGGAAUGAGGCGGUUGAGGAGAUUCUGGCUGACAAGUUGCCUGUGCCUGUGAUCUGCCUACUGCGGUGUGUGUGCAAGCGGUGGAGGUCAUGGCCUUGCAAAGGGCGCGUGAGUCGAGUCGAGAGACCGAACCUCGUGUUCCCGUUUCUCGAGAAAGAGAAUGCUUCCGUCGCGACAUACAAUCCGACGCUGCGAAGGUGGUAUCGUGUUCCGCUGUGUAAUUUGAGGCCAAGCAAUCCGAGGCUGCAAUCGUGGAAUCCGCGGGGCGAUGUGUGUAUCAUCGCCGCUGAUGGGGGACUGCUUUGAUUCAUGGUAGGGUUUAUUACACCGCAGAAGGAUGUGGAAUUUCUUGUGGUGAAUCCCAUUGCGAACACAUGGAGGCAGCUUCCACCCUUACCUCGUGAUCAGCCUGCGAGACCGCCUUUUGUGUGUGGCAUGCAUGUGGACAAGACGAGAGGUACCUACAAACUCAUCCUGGCAGGGCAGAAUCUCACGUUCAACGAGGAGGAGGCUCGAGCAACCCGUAUAUUCGAUUCGGCCAUCGCAGAAUGGAAGUCCGGAGGCGACCUCGCUCAGGAAGUCUUUGGAAUGCAGAAGCAAUGCCAUUACUGGGAUGGGAGUUUUCACUACGUCGAUUGCUGUGCGAACAGAGUGCAAGCGUACGAUGAGUGUCAUGGGAUUUGGAAAAAAGUUUUGCCUAUCAUACCCACGUUCCUCUGUAGCCCAACGCUUGUGGGGUGCUGUGACAAUAUCGCUCUAGUGGCAAUUGGAAAAACUGCGGUAUUAGAGGUCAUGUUGCUUGAUCCAAGCAAAAGCGAAUGGAGGAAGUUGGAGAUUGCAUCCAGCGAGCUCUCACUUGAGCGUUUUCUAAACAGGCUUGUGUCUGGGCCGAAUCACUCGUCCUUGCUCUGCGUAGGGCAAGAAAAUGUAAUCUACGUCUUGAGCUCCAAACCCGAUGUGGUGAUUCUCUACGAUGCUUUCGAUCGAAGGUGGAGCUUUGUGCCUUCUAUGCCUGCACUACGACACAACAGCCUGGAGACGAAGUCAGUAUUCGCAUUUACUCCCUCAUUCAAUGCGAUAGUGUAAGCUUUCUGCAUUCAUCUGACAUUUGAGUACUCAAGAAUUUUUUUCCUGGAGGGAGAGAAGUUGGGUUUCCGAGUUUUGCUGCAGGACUCGAACCAGAGCAGUCGCGGUCAAGCUCUGAAACGACACUUAAUCUUAGCAGAUGAGAAAUAUUGAGGCAUCUGCUUCCGAUGCUAUUUGAAGAGAGCUGACAAUCUAAGCCCAUAACGGAUCCCACAUAAAUGAAUUGAGCGGGACAUUUUUAGAUCGAGUACCUGAUGACGGGACUUUGUGCCAGUCAGAAACGACUACAAGUUCUACUCACCCAUGCACACGAAAUCUGAGGAAUGUUCACCGCCUCUCUCAUGGGAUCUUUAUUGGAAAAAAGAAUUCGACUUAAAGAUUGAAUUACAGUGUUCACCAGCUUACAAAUAAAGAUCGCCAAAGCAGAAAGAUGCCACAAAUUGGGUCAUGUUGAAUUUAGUCCCAAACUAAUGGCUGCUUAUACGUACUUAAAACGAAGAGUCAAGUCAGCAAGGGCUGAAGUGGGAUGACGUUUGAGCCCAUUCCAGGUAAGACAGAAUCGCAUAGAACGUUCUCACAAAUCACUUUUGUCCGUUUCCUUUUCAGCUGGAAGCGUCUUCAAAGGAUUCCUUUGCGUAUGCUUCGGAGUUUCUAGAAUCCGGUCUUCGUUACGUGCGAGUGGCGGGGAUUGACCUGCACAUUGCCGAUUGGCAGCGUUUAAUAGCGCGAGUUAGUCACGGGAAAGAAAACUGCUGCGUGGCGCUCGUGUAGUCCGUGCAAAUCAGCGCAGGUGAUCGAGCGUAGAUGACGGAGUUGGUAGUUCCUUCCAUGCAUUCGAUCGUUCAGAGGUUUGAACUUUAGGAGCUUUGCAGAUUCGUCAAGGUUUUUCAAUCUAGACUUGCGCUUGCUUACCUUCAAGAUCUGUGAGUGCUAGUAACGAAAAAUUGUUUUCAGCAGUCCAUUUCUGCGUUAUUAUCUGUUGAAACCAUUUGUAUUCAUCUGCUUGAACUGGUGGUUCUUUUUGGGUUUUAUUAGGCGAGGGAUUCGUAACUUGGCCAUGACGGAGACACUUUCACUUUAAUAUGCUUAUCACCGGAGUUACAAUCCUUCUGUACGAAGCAUGCUGAGCAGAUAGACUGCUGCUGAUAAAUAUAGACAACUGCUACAAGGCUCGAGGGUUACACAAGUAGUAGCUGCCAUUGUGGCUCUGAAUCUUUGAAGCUGGUACAAAUUGCCAACGUAUCCUGUGAGCGCUGAUUACGUUCUGAGUGUAGCUAUCCAAGUCGGGAUGCGAGGAGGAGCUUAAACGCUUCAGAUACUGGGGGCUGUUGCAUCAUUUCCAAAGCCUUUCAAAUGAGCACUGGUUGUGAUGUUGUUAUGUGGAGGAGACCAGCGAUGGCAGUACUGAUUUUGGCGUGCGGAUCCCUUGUCUACUACCAUUGUGGGUUUCGGAACCUCAACAUGGUGUCCCUAAUCUCAGAUGUGCUCUUCGUGAUUACCUGGUCACUCGCGGUUCUAGGGCUUAUCUUCCGUUCAUUUAAUCUCACCAUCCUCCCCAUGGACCCCGCAGAGUGGCAGAUAUCUCCUGAGACUGCGAAUUGUAUUGCAGCGACUGUAGCCAACGUACUAGGAGCUUUAGAGAGCGUGCUCCGGGUGGCUGCUAGUGGCUCGGACAAGAAACUGUUUCUAAAGGUUGUGGUUGUGCUGUACUUAUUAUCUGCGAUUGGUAGGUCUUUGUCUGGGGCCACUGUUGCAUACGUAACAUUGUGGGUGAUUUUCACAGUUCCGUGGUGCAUGUUGAAGCUGGCACUUAAAUCUGCUAGUGAACCUUUAAUUCUGAAAUUCAAAGAAAAGAUAGCUGUUUGCUAGAUCAUGAAUCUACGUAGAACGUAGGAAACUUGUAGCUCCACUCCUCACAGGCAGAGAUUCUCUUGCAUAUGGCUUGCUUGAUAGUGCCAUUUCCUCUGGAAUACUUGUCUGUUAGAUGUCUCAAGUGCAAUGGUGGAUGUGCCUUGAGAAUUGGAAAGAAUGUAUAUAUUGAUCACAGUGGGGUACUAAGCUUCGAGAUCGAACUUCCGCUGUCUGGUGCUUGAAAGAUGGGACUUCUCAGCAAUCUGUGAGUGAAUCUCUCUUUUGCAGUAUUUAUUUAAUAAAGCAAGCUAUCUUGCAGUUU